UAUAGAUCUAUUCUCAUGCAAUCUCAGUAUAAAGCAGCCAAGUGUCUCAAAAAUUGAUUGCAGCAUUGGCUCCUCCAUGAAGGUCGUCUAACAAUAUUCCAAUUUCGCCAAUUUCUAGUUUAUAUAAGAGGUGUAGGCAUUACUGAACCAUUUAUGGAUUCAGAGACGUUUUCGCGCGAGAAACAUAAGGCAUGGCUUGGUACUGCUAAAAUACCUCUCGAUAGUCUGGAAUUCCCGGUGCAUGAAAGUCGAAUGGACAACAGGCGCUGUGAAACCCGCCUUCUGAAGCUCUUUCGUGAACAAUCUUGCGAGAGAUAUGCUUAUGACAAUUAUAUUACUGCUGUCAUAAGGAGAAAGGACCUGCUUCAAGCACUUCAAGAAAGCAAUAUGACUAUUGAGUCGCUUCAUCAAAGCGAGCCUCCAUUUCUCGAAAUACCAUCAGGUCUACCAAUCAUGGGGCUUCGUGGGAAGCAUCGAUGGAUGGCUGCGAGAAAAUACUUCUCUAAUCCUGCAGAUCGAUGGUGGACCGUGUUAUUCUUCGACUUAGAUGCGGUUUCUUCUAAAACCCUUAAAUUUAUGUCCGAAGAAGACGAUAAUUCAAUGCCCUUCUACGAUGGAGAGGUAUACUACAAGAUCAGAACAAACGAGCUCCAGUCUGAUGGGGCGAAUGCAAAAAAAUGGAUUUGCAGAAUAGUCUCUGAGUGGAAACAAAGCGACUAUAACAAGCUCCAUCAGUCCUCGUGUUACAAACCAUUUUGUGAUGCACUGGACUUACUUCUAAAUAUUCCAGUGCUUCUGUAUGCCUUUCAGUUGGGUAAUCUUCGCCGGAUCUUUCGAAUGAAAUGCCCAGAAGAACUAGCUGUGUCAGUCACGCAGGUAUACAACGUAUGGGCGAGGUUGAUGAAGGGGUUUGAGUUGAAGCUUACUAUAUCCGAUGUCGAAUAUCUUCAAGGACGAUCUCCCAGAUGGUCAUCCGUUGAUAGAAACUCUAUUGAGGAGGCCUUUGUGAGCGGCAGACUAUUUCCCGAUAUAUGUAACGAAAGAGACCGCGUCACACUGAAAGAGAGGGUUCUAGCCACUGAUACGAUAAUCCCAUCAAUGAGAACAUUUCUUGAAAACACUAAGUUCCUGGAGCCAGCUGCUGUCAUUCUGCGAGGUCUACUGCCCAGGCGAUUUCGCGGUACUAUCCAACAGCAACUAUUGUUGUGUUAUACAUAUAGGGACAGACCUAGGGAACAUUUCUGGCGGUCAUAUCAGCAUCUUUGGUUGACAGCGUUGCGUAUAUUUCCUUAUAUAACUUCUUUCAAACCUCUCCAGGAUAGGAGAGGAAGACGCAUGGCGUUUGUUGGCAAUUACUGGGGAUUCCUGGCAAUUACUGCACGGGACAAUGGGUUCUCGUCUCGUCAGAUAGACACUCUCCUUGAAACAUAUCCACAUUAUGACAUCAUUCCGCAGCCCGUUGAAGAUCCAGCAUACUUAUAUCACUCGACAAAUCGCUGGAGGCUGAAAAUUAGAUGCGGAAUGCCAAGUGAGACAGCUUUUCAUAAUACAGCUCCGUUUCUCUCUUUAGAAAAUAUCUACCGCGAACGAAAGCCCCAGGCAGGCGCAGCCGAACUUACACAUUUUGCCGUGGCUCGAGACAUCUUUCUUUCUUUCUUCCAAGGUCCAGGAUCAGGAAACACUGAAUUAAAGGAGCAUCACUCAAAUCAUGAUGGUCUAGACCAGGAAAUGACCCCAGCGCCUUCAAUCCUUAAUCUAGAACAACAAGCGGCCAGUACUAGAGAUGCACCUUACCAGAACCUCCACUCAGGGGUAGCUAGCGGACACAGCCAGCCAAACCAAACGGAUCUACCGAUGAUCGAUCUACCCUGUACCUCAACCAGUGAUACCAUUGGUACAAAUGCAUAUAGAACUCAGCCAGUUCAUUCUGCUCUGGAUGGUUCAGCAAACUUUAAAGAUACGGAGAUUCAAGGACACUUAAAACCAGAGACUACACUAAGUAGAGUUCGAAAGGUAAUGAAAGUUAAAGACAGAACAGCAAAUCUGUCUAUUAUUGCUCAAAAAGCAUAUGAUGCCCUCAGUGCUCCGCAGACGCCUUUUCUCGUCAACAAUCUCGCCAAGAAGGAAACUAUAAGUCUAUCUGAAUAUCCAAGCCCUGUGACAUCGAAGAAACCAAGCCAUCUUACCUUGACUAACAAUUCUAGCAAAGUUAGUAAAAGGCCACCUGGUUUAUCGAUCGAACUUGAUGGUGCAUUCUCUGUUCCUAGCGGUUUACCAACCUCCUUUCCACAGCAGAUCGAAUUCCCUGAAUAUACAGCUAGCGCUCUAGCAGAAACAGAGCAUAUCAACCAAUGGGAGAAAAACGUUGUCAAAGUAAAAGUAUCAUCAAGCGUGAAGGCCGCUAAAGAGCGCUUAUAUGAAGCGAACUUCUCAAUUGGCCUCUAUGUCUUGGGAAGCAGUCCUGGUGAAGAUAUUCUCUACUGCAUUGAACAAGAGAACCUCAAGUUUCUAGAUGACUUUCUUCAAGAUACAAAACGUAGUAGUUGGUGGUAUCGAGCUUUUGAGGAUGACUACCUCAAGACGAUAUCAAGUCAUCAAGUUCACGAAGCACUUGCAAACUAUGUCUUUGUGGUUUGCGGAGAAUCUGAGAGUGAUCUUUCUAGAGUCGAAGAAUCGCAAUCUCCCGAGAUCUAGCCUGAAGUCUUCUACCUGAUAUGACUUCAUGAUACUCCGUUAGAACUAUGGCUAGCUAAAGGCCUGCACUUUGAACAUGUCUACAUGGAAAAUUC